UUUUUUGGUUAACCCCUCACUCCCUUAAAAAGAGAAAAACUUCUGUGAGUUCAAACAUCAAACACCUAAUAGGCGCUAAAAUGGAGAACCCAUCUUCAUCGGAGAAUUUGCUUCAAACCCUAAAUACCAGAGGAUGGUGUUUCCGGGAUAUCAAUCUUGUAAAUUCACUCAUUGCAGCUCAAUUGCCGUCAUCAUACACCGUUAGUUCAAUCGAAUCGGAGCUCCUAAACAUGGACUUACGAUCUGUCGGCGGGAAAUCAUUGCCGGACUUUUCUCUUCUCCGUAAAUCGUCUCAUAUCCAAGGCCCUAAAGUCCUUCAAAUAUCUUCUGUCAGAGAUAUAUCACGAAGUAAUAUGGCUGAGAGUUCUGGAAGUUCCAGCAAUCAGCGUCUACUUAGAUUAAAGCUCACUGAUGGGCACUGUGAAAUAACUGCUAUAGAGUACUCUCAUAUACCAUCAAUUCCUGAUGAUGUUGUUCCUGGCACUAAGGUGCGCUUGGAAAACAAAGCCACAGUUCACAGUGGUAUUGUGUGUUUGAAUGCCAAAAUGAUUACUGUUUUAGGAGGAACUGUUAGUUCUCUUUAUGAGGAAUGGCAGAUGAACAAAAAGUAUUCAGGUUUCUCCCGUUCAACCUUGAAAGCACAUGAGGAUGGAACUGCUGGUCCACCACCAUUUGAAAAGUUGCAGAUUGGAGCUUUGCACAAACCCCUUUCUCAGCAUAAGAGAUAUUCUGAAAAAGCUCAAAGUUCCACAGCUAGUCAAACGCAUAGAUUUCAGAACAAUGAAUCCAGGAUAGAGAGCACGGGUAAUGAACUGAAGCCACCUGCUCAUAUUGAAAGGACUGAAGAAAAGCCAAGCACCUCCGAAUCAAGGCCAAAAGAAGUGGCCGAGGCUGUCCCUGUUCAAAACCAAGCAGCUGCGCAAAAAUUACUGCAGAAAAUGAGUCAGCCUCCUCCUCGUGGUGGUCAUCGUUCUAGAGGGCGAGGACACAGGGGAAGGGAUAGAGAGGAAGAUGAGUCACACCUUCUUACCCUAGAGGAAUGGGAAAGGAGAAAAACUGGUGCUAAUCUUUCUGCAGCACGUGAUUUUCCUGAUGUUAGCCAAGAUGAGGAUCUUGCAAGACAGCUGCAACAUCAACUAGAUUUCGAAGAUUUUCAUGAACAACAAGAUAGUACAUCAACUGCAGCAGAGAACAUCAGAAUGAGCAUGUUCACAUUUGAAAGAGACGAUGGUGGAGGUCAUGGAACAACAGGAUUUAGGGGAAGAGGGAGAGGAAGAGGGAGGGGAAGAGGAAGAGGUAGGGGAAGGAGAGGCUGACUUUCGUCUACCGUUCAGCCUUUCCCCCUUUUCAUUUUCUAUGUUAGAAUUUUAGUUUUUAAGAUAUCACAUACCUUUCCAAAAGACAUCACAUGUCAUUUUCUUUUUUCUUCUUUGGCUAUUUGGUAUUUGUAACUGUUUUUUCAGAACCAUUAUCAUGUGAUAUGCUAUGUCUAUUUCCUUAGAUGUUUCCCUUCUUUGA